AUGGAGCAGGCGGAUAGAGAAACCAUAAAGAGAAAAAAUGUAAUCCUCUCAACGGACAUGGACUUUGUAGGCGUGACCUCUGGCCUUAUUGCUCGACGCAUCUUUGAAAAUCAUCACAUAGAGAAGUUUAAUUUGGCCUCUGCCAGAGAUAGCACUGGUGACUACAGCUCAACUCAAAUGGAUGCCUCAGGCUCGUAUCCACAAACUAUGGUGGAUGAUAGUGAACUUGUCUACAAAAUGAAAUCUAAACCUAGAGGUAUAGCGCUCAUCAUCAACAACAAAAACUUCAAAACCAUGCCGCCAAGGAGGGGGACAGACAUAGACUGUCGCAACUUAGAGAAUAUCUUCACACAGCUUGACUUUGAUGUAGUUGUACACAAUGAUCUCAAAAAAAGGAACCAGGUCCAUGAUGGAAACACAACCACUCCAGUUCGACUGCUUCAUUUUCGCCAUACUCACCCAUGGGAAGAGGGAUCCGUUUGUGGCACGGACGGGUGUCUGGUGAAGAUAGAGGACAUAGUUGGUCCCUUUUGUUCUGAUCGAUGCCCGACUUUGAAUGGAAAGCCCAAGCUCUUCUUCUUACAAGCAUGUCGAGGUAAGAAAUUAGACGAUGGAGUAGAAGCAACAGACGGCCAAGCUGUACCCCCAACUGAUGGAGCCGCAAGUGAUGCGCAGGCCAACGCUCAGGCCAAACCUCAGGUCGAUGCACAGAUUAAUGACGAAGAGCUGGCCAAGAUGAUGCUUAAAAUGGAAUUAGAUUCAACCGAUAGCUUUGCAUCCAGUCGUAGUAAGGUGCCCAGUCAAAGCGACAUGCUCCUUGCAUAUGCAACUGGGCCAGGAUUUGUGUCGUGGAGGAACGCAGAGAGAGGAAGCUGGUUUAUCCAAGCUUUGACAGAAACUAUCCUACAGCAUGCGGGAGAGGAAGAUCUUCUUUCGAUGAUCACCAUGGUCAAUGGCAAAGUAGCACGAGCUUUCGAGUCUUCCUCCGGCAGGCAUAAGCAGAUGCGCCCCGUAACCAUGCUUACAAAGAAGCUUUUCUUCUGCCCAGGCAUUAUGAGUAAGGCCCUAUUCACACAAGGCACGAUCGGACGCCUCGGAAGACUGUCGUGGCGAAACGUCCUGUGUAUUAAAUGAAUGACUAAUUAAUAAAGGUGAAUUUACAAAUUUGAUCAAUCAAUAUAACUUUGAAACUUAAAGGGUAAUAUAAUUCAAAAGUUUAUCGAGUAUGGCAUUAAGCCUUGCUUCUUCUUCAUGUUGAUGAAAAUUAGCGAUUACAAAAUUAUCCAUUUGAAGGCUGCUUGUUUUGUUUCCAUCAAUCUUUAUAGUUAUACCAACACAUUUUUUCACUUUUAAAUCCAUUUUAUAGCUAGAAGAAUAGAUGCAUAAAAUGCUUUAAAUCUUGUAUUGUGUGAUGAAUUGUUGGAAUAUCUGUAAAAUGUUAAAAAAUUGCAAAAUGAUCUAUUAAAGAAAGUACUUCUGUUAUUGAACGUUUUUAUUAUUGUGUGUGGUAAAGGCUUAUAAAAAGCUAUUUUGUGUACGGUUGUUAGAUUUCAUACAUAUCGUAGUACCAGUAGUUUCCAAUUUUGUUCUUUAAAAAAAGAGACAUUUUUUUGUAAUUGUUUUAUUUUAUAGUGAAUGUAUUACUUAUGCAUUCGACUAUAGAUAUAUAUAUAUAUAUAUUGUGCACCGCCGAAGGUCAUGAAUAGGGCAAUUCCUGCUCUUUUCUUUCAGAAUUUGCUCUUUAGUAGGGCAUACAACAAUAUGUUACAUCAUGUUUUACAUGUCAUGUAAUCUGCAUCCACACAGUUUUUUUUUAAAGCUUAAUUUUGAACUGUAAUAUUUACAUUAAAAAGAAUUAUGAGGAGGAA